AUGACCACCACCUGUUACUACCACCCACCACCCCCACCCCCACCCACCCACUAUAACCCCGCUCCACCAACCAUCACCACCACCUACCAUAACCACCCCCACCCCUACCCAUCACCCACCACGACCACCACCACCAGUAUUCACCUCCACCCAUCACCACCACCCACCUCUACUACCCAUCAUCACCACCUGCCACCACUACUCCACACCCAUCAAAACCAUCAUACAUCACCACCACCACCCGUCGCCACAAUCCACACCACCAUCCACUACUCACCCACCCACCCACCAACACUCACCACGACCACCUAUCACCACCACCGUCUCCACUACCCAUCAUCAUCACUCGCUACCACCACCCACCACCCACUAUAA